AUGUCUGAAACUAAUAACGCAACUAGCCAAGCGGCGGCCGAAGAGUCUCCUUUGAAUACGAUUCUUCCAUUGGAAAUUAUUGACAAGUCCAUUGGACAUAAAAUUCAAGUAUUGAUGACCAACGAUAAAGAAUUUCAUGGAACUUUGAUAGGGUUUGACGAUUAUGUCAAUAUGGUAUUAGAAAACGUCGAAGAAUUCGAUGGUGAAGGUCAAAAAGGAAAGGUUAUUAAGAAAAUGUUGUUGAACGGAAGUCAGGUCGCUAUGUUAAUUCCAAGCCUUUAA